GAGAUUUUCCUGCAGUAUUAAAAUGCAACUAAAACUGAAAUACAGCGACGACUUGCACUUUAUAGGUCUGUGAAUACAAACACAUGACAUAAAGGUAAGAAACUUCGAGAUAAGGAAAAAUUACAAAUACAGUUCAACAAUGUCGGGAAUGGUCUUGUUAGCAGAUUUUUUAUUGAUAUACCACAUUUACUCAAUUAACGUGUGCGAGGGUUGUGUUGAGUCAAGCAAGAGAUUUGUUCUUGAUGGCACUCCGGACUCAAACUCAAAGAUGCAGAUGCUCGAAGAAAGAAUACAGGAACUGGUCACCGAGCUUGGUCAGGUGGAAACUCAGCUUCGUACUCAGCAGCAGAGUCUCCAGUCUUCCAUCGACCACCUGACAAGGACAACCCAGCAACAGGCGUCCACAAUAGGUAGUCUGACGUCACAACUGAACAAUUUCAAAUCAGGUGGAGGAGUUUUCAUCAGAUGGGGACAUCACCACUGCCCAGACAGCGAUUCAGAAGAACUUUAUUCCGGUAUAGCUGCCGGUUCCCACCCAAGCUUCACUGGAGGAGCUGCAGAUUUCCUAUGUUUACCGGGUCAAAAUCCAGAUUUAAAAAGUCCAGCAUACUCCGGCCAUGCGUUUAUCUACGGAGCUGAAUACGGUAAGUCAACUUUCUUGGGAGCUGAUGGGAACGACGUUCCUUGCGCCGUCUGUCGGUCUCGUUCUGGAACAAGUUCCGUGAUGAUUCCCGCCAGGAAAUCUUGCAACUCAGGAUGGAAGAGACAGUACUAUGGCUAUCUAAUGACCGGCGAUCCUUCUCAUCCAGGAUCAGCCAACUUUGUAUGUGUAGAUGUAAACAGGGAAACUGUGCUUGGAGGAGAACACAUGUACGUCGACAAAAUGAUCUACCCAGUAGAAGCCAAAUGUGGAGCACUUCCCUGUCCGCCUUAUGGCGACGGAUACUUUUUGUAUUGUGUUGUAUGCACUAAAUAGAAUGGUAUUAAAGUUUCUUUUCAAAUUUA